AUGGACGGAGCGGCACAGCGGAUGACUGAUACAAAAGGCGGGUUCAUUCCUCGAGACACAAAACCCCCUGACAUCACCACUGCCGAACUCGGGAUCAAGUUGUCUCUCCAGGUUUCCCUUCGCACGUGUCCUUGCUAUUGGGCUAGCCCCCAGCUACGUUACACCUUCUCCUCCAACGUCAUCUCGGAUAUCAGCUCCUUCGCCAUGGACUUCGACACGUCGCUUUUGGUCGACGAAGUCUGGGAUGCGAGAAGGGACAGCCGCCACGAGCCAUCGAUUACAAACAUACCGCUGCACUAUGAACGAGCCAAGGCUCUUUGCCUAAGCCGAGGCCUCACAGUCGAUGACAUUGCUGAGCUGACCCCAAGGUUUUGGGAUUUCCACUUCGAUCCCAUUUCUUCUCGGGACAUGACAGCUUUCGUCAUCGCAACGAUUCACCUCAACUUGUGUGUCGGAACGAUUGCCAGAUUCUCGCGUGAGCGACCUGACCUCAUGGCCACCCUCGAGGAACUUCUCGCCUUCAAGGCUUGCGGAGAAUUCAUGUUGACAGAGGUCGGCCAUGGCCUCGACGCCCGCAAUCUGGAGACGACUGCGACGAUGGAAGCCGACGGGUCUUUUACCCUGAACACGCCGAACGCAGGCGCAGCCAAAGCCAUGCCGCCAUCCUCGCCGCUAGCCGGUAUGGCUCGCGUUGCUGUUGUUUUCGCUCGGCUCAUCGUGGGCGGCGAUGACCGAGGGAUAAAGCCCUUUGUCGUGCGGAUCAACGACGCGAGAGGCAUGU